AUGGACACCGACAGGUACAGCAAGCUUGGCAGUGGGUCCCAGGCGUUCCACGGAGGGCACCGCGGAGGCUGGGAGCACUGCAGGCAGAGACCCCUUCUCCUGGCCCUGGCUGUCCUGGUCACCACAGUCCUGUGGGCUCUCAUUCUGAGCAUCCUGUUGUCCAGAGCCUCCACGGAGCGCGGGGCGCUUCUCGGCAGCCAGGACCAGCUGAGGACAAACGUCUCCAAGCAGACGGCGGUGAUCGAUACCCUGGGGGAGGACAUCAGGGCCUGCAAUAGCUGCUGCUUGGGGACGCGGGCACAGCUGCAGACAACGCACGCUGAUAUUUUGGAGACGGAAGCCAAGUUGAUCGAGCAGGAGAGCGCCCUGAAAGAGCUUCGUGAGCGCAUGACCCAGGGCUUGGCAGAAGCGGGCAGGGACCGCGAAAACAUCCGCAAUGAGCUGUUCCGGGUGCUGGAGGCCAUCAGGUUCCAGAACAGCUCCUGCAAGCAGUGCCCCGCCUCGUGGCUGCCCUUCGAGGGCUCGUGCUACUUUUUCUCAGUGACGCAGACCACUUGGGGGGAGGCGCAGCGCCAAUGCGCGGGCUCCGGCGCUCACCUGGUGAUCGUUGGGGGCCUGGAUGAACAGGGCUUUCUGACUCGGAAUACACGUGGCCGAGGUUACUGGCUGGGCCUGAGGGCCGUGCGCCACCUGCGCAAAAUUCAGGGAUACCAGUGGGUGGACGGAGUCCCACUCAGCUUCAGCCACUGGAACCAGGGAGAGCCCAAUGACGCUAUGGGGCGCGAGGACUGUGUCAUGAUGCUGAGCUCAGGGCUGUGGAACGAUGCGCCCUGCGACAGCGAAAGGGAUGGCUGGAUCUGUGAGAAGAGGCUCAGCUGCUGA